UCUUGUCUGUAAGUUUACAUGAGUUACCUUACUGAGCCUUACUCUGACUGUAGUCAAUCUAGAACUAAUACGAUCGGGUUUAAGUUUCCGAAACAUAAUCUCUACCUUUUUAGUGCAUUUAAACAAAAUGCCUUGCUACUGCUGCAUAAAAGGAUGCUCAAAUACUUCAAUAAACAAGAAAGGAAUGGGAUUUUUUAACAUUCCUAAAGUGAUAACUUGGCAAGGCUCUAGCGUUGAAGAGAUUACUUCGAAAAGACUUCUCUCUUGGCUGAAAGCAAUCAACAGAAAGGGAUUCACCCCAAAAUAUGUUGAAAGAAAACGUUGGCUUAAAGUUUGUGGAAAUCAUUUUAAAAAAGGUAAACCUGCCUAUGUGCAAAUGGUAAAUGAUCCUGAUUGGGUACCAAGUCUUCACCUGGGAUAUGAUAAAAAACAAGAUGAGUCAAGAAGAUAUGAGAGACUUCAGCAGAGAAAAAGCAAAAAAGCAACAGGAACUAUUACACUACCAUCAGUACAGCCUUCUUCUAAGUCAGGCAACACUACCUCUGAAGAAGUCAGCAACUUGCACACAGAAGAACAAGAAACUAAGUCUGCCACAAAAGACACAGAAAAAUGCAUACAAACUGAUUUGACUGUCAAUUUUAUCUCAGUUUUAGAAAAUGAGGUACAUACUUUAGCACAAGAUUUGAUAUAUGCCAAGAGUGAAAUUGAAAAAUACACAUUUGAUGAAAAAUACUUCAAAAUAAACGAGGAAAAAGUUAAAUAUUACACUGGACUUCCAACAUUUAACCUGCUAAAGAAUGUUUAUGUUUAUUUAGAGCCAGCAAUCACAAUGACAAGCCGGAGCUGUCUUACUAAAUUUCAACAACUUCUUAUUGUUCUGUUCAAACUGAAGUUAAGUUUGCCUUUUAGAGUAUUAGCAGAUAUGUUCAAAAUUCACCCUACAACUGCAUCUAAGAUAUUCGCAAAAGUUUUGGAUGUUAUGUAUGUCAACAUGUCCGAUUUGAUUUUCUGGCCCGAUAAGGAGAGUCUCAGAAAGACAAUGCCGAAAGAAUUCAUCCGUACAUUUGGCAGGAAAGUGACAGUAAUAAUUGACUGUUUCGAAAUUUUUAUUGAGAGACCUAGCAGUGUUAAAGCCCAGGCACAAACAUAUUCUUCUUAUAAACACAACAACACAGUGAAAUAUCUGAUCGGUAUAACACCUCAAGGUGUUGUUUCAUUUUUAUCUUGUGGGUGGGGUGGCCGUACAAGUGACAAACAUAUUGUUGAAAAUUCUUCAUUUUUAGACUAUUUGGAAUUUGGGGAUUUGGUUUUGGCUGACAGAGGAUUUGAUAUUGCAGCAAGCAUUUCCUUACAGCAUGCAGAAAUCAAGAUCCCUGCUUUUACUAAAGGAAAACAGCAGUUAACUGCCCUGGACGUUGAGCAAACCAGAAAACUUGCCCAUCUGCGAAUCCAUGUGGAACGAGUCAUUGGCAAUGCUCUACAAAAAUAUAAGAUUUUACAAGACACUGCACCUAUUGAUUUUCUUUUAUGCAAAACAGAUGGUGUUCCAACUCUGGAUAAAAUUGUUCGUAUAUGCUUCUGCCUAAUCAAUGUAUGUCCCUCUGUGGUACCACUAGAUUAGAUUAAAUUUUAUGUUUUUUUUUUACCUGAUAUGUAUUUAUGUAUAUAUUUAUGUUUGAAAUACCUUACUUUUUAAAUUAUUUUUGUUUAAAUUUACAUUAUGCUAUUGUAAUAACCA